CGUGGACCUGCUCUAUCCAUUGUACCAGUGUGUAUCAACUCUGAUCGUCUCUCAUCUUGUACACCCCGCCGUAGGUGGCGCUGUAGCCAGCCAGCCAGCCCUUCCCAGCUGUGGCAGAUCGACUUUGAGGCAACAUGUCUGAAUUGAUGCAGCAGACUGUGGUCAAAUUGACCGAUGCGGUCGGCUUCACGCACGGCUAUGCCGCAUCCAUACACGACCGGCUGCCCCAUGCUCUCCGUCCGCUCUUCCUCAACCCGCUCAACCUUAGCCUCCUCGCACUGCUCCUCUAUCUCCUCCUUCCACUCCUGAAACCUUCCUUCCUGUUCGAGCCAACAACGUCGGCACACUUCCUCAAGGAGUACCCGACAAUGGCGCAAGCCAAGCUGCACGGGCUUCCCGGUACAGGAACGACACAGGCCACCAAACGGAGAUGGAGAAAUUACCUGCGCAGGCUCAAGAACGCAGCAGCUGGCUCUGCCGCGAAUGGGUCGUUACCUGCUGCGACGAGCGACGAGCUGGCACUGGAAGCCACGCGGCGCCGGGCGGGUCUGACAUCGCGCUUGUCUGCCGCGUCUGCCGGAAGCGCAUACAGCUUCCUGCCAAGCUACCACCCGCCCAGUAUCAAGUGGACCGUGUACACCCCGCGCACGCUGGCCCUUCACGACGGCUCCGGCAUCGCACUCAGCGACCGCGACGUGCACGCAACGUAUGACGAGCGCCGCGAUGGCGCGAAUGCAAAGGCCGCCGCGGAGCGCAGGCUGGCCGAGCAGCGCAGAGUCAAGGGCGACAUUGCCUUUGGCGCGGCGGGUGCAGCAGGGCAGUCACAUGAGCAGAGUCGCGGGUCCAACGAUGUAGAGGAAGAGGAAGAAGACAUCGGAGGGUACGCAUUUGCCGAAGACGACCGCGGCAAGGAUAAGAACAGCGAGCACACAUCCUCCUCGGCCAACGACCCGAGUACGCGCAUCCUCCUCGCCAUCGGUCGCGAGGUAUACGAUGUUACAGCAGGCAAGAACUUCUACGGCCCAGGCGGACCAUAUGCCAUCUUCGCCGGCCGAGACGCGUCGAUCGGCAUGGCCAAGCAGAGCUUCGAGCCGGACAUGCUCACGCCGCUCGACCAGCCGAUCGCCAGCCUGGAUGGCCUCAGUAAUAUGGAGCGCACCAACAUGGUCGAGUGGAUGAACCACUUCAAAGGAAAGUAUGGCAUCGUCGGCCGGCUGGUCAACGAAGGGGAGGAAGACCACCAGGAGGCGCAGAGCUAGCGAAUCAAUGUAUUCCACUAGUCCUUGGUGCAUACAUACACUUCUUGCAGGAAUAUUCUUUCUCAUAUGCGCUUGCAAAGCUCAUCCUCAUACCGCCGUCGUCGAUCUGGGUCGAUGAUGACGAGGGCUUGCAGCAAGCGCCGCUCCUCGGCCAGGUCCUGCUGCUCAUCAAUCUUGCUAUGAAGCGUUCUGCGCAGUGAGCGAUAGUGCACUAUGCUCUGCAUCGACC